GCAUCAGGGUUGUGUUGUAGUGACCUCAGAGAAGAGUCUAGAAGGUCUUGUAAGCAUUCUACUCCUUCCCAGCCAAAAUAACAGUGAAUCACAUCGCAGACAGAGAGAUGGGGAGAGGAAGGUGCUUUUUGGACAUCGGCAUAGGGGAAGAGCUUGAAGGAAGGAUAGUGGUGGAGCUUUACGAUGAUGUUACUCCCAAAACUGCUGAGAACUUUAGAGCUCUCUGUACUGGUGAGAAAGGCAUUGGUCCAAAUACAGGGGUGCCCCUUCAUUUCAAGGGAUCUUGCUUUCAUCGCGUUAUUAAAGGCUUCAUGAUUCAAGGAGGUGAUAUAUCUGCUGGAGAUGGUACUGGAGGAGAAUCUAUAUACGGAGUUAAGUUUGAAGAUGAAAAUUUUGAGUUAAAGCACGAAAGGAAAGGGGUGCUAUCAAUGGCAAACUCUGGUCCCAACACAAAUGGUUCACAGUUUUUCAUCACUACUACCCGAACUUCCCAUCUAGAUGGUAAGCAUGUUGUAUUUGGAAAAGUAGUUAAAGGAAUGGGAGUCGUCCGAUCGAUUGAGCAUGUUGCAACCGGAGAGGAUGACCGUCCCACUCUUGAUGUUAAAAUUGUGGAUUGUGGAGAAAUUCCUGAAGGGGCAGAUGAUGGGAUAUCUAACUUCUUCAAAGAUGGAGACACCUAUCCUGAUUGGCCAGCAGACCUUGAUGAGAGCCCUAAUGAACUUAACUGGUGGAUGAAAUCUGUGGACUCAAUUAAAACUUUUGGCAAUGAGUAUUACAGGAAACAAGACUACAAAAUGGCUCUAAGGAAGUACAGGAAAGCUUUACGCUACCUGGAUAUUUGUUGGGAAAAGGAAGGCAUUGAUGAGGAGAUAAGUUCAGGAUUGAGAAAAACGAAGUCUCAGAUUUUUACAAACAGUUCUGCUUCGAAAUUAAAAUUAGGGGAUAUUAAAGGAGCAUUGUUGGAUACAGAAUUUGCAAUGCGUGAGGGAGACAACAAUGCUAAAGCCUUGUUUCGCCAAGGACAGGCUUAUAUGGCACUCCAUGACAUUGAUGCUGCAGUUGAAAGCUUUAAGAAGGCACUGGCCUUGGAGCCAAAUGAUGCUGGAAUUAAAAAGGAACUUGCUGCUGCUAGGAAGAAGAUAGCUGAUAGGCGUGACCUAGAGAAAAAGGCAUAUAGCAAGAUGUUCCAAUAACACUCUGGCUAAGGAAAACAACCAGAUGAUUGCAGCAUAUACAUAAAAGGUUCAGAUUUGAACUCAUUUUUACUCAAGUGUUGGAAGUGGGGCUGAGAUGAAAUAAAGUGGAUAAGGAUUGAUAGUGUUACAUAUGAAAAUUUUAGCCAACAAUUUUGUCAACCUUUUCUCUUACAAAUUAGUAUAAACUCUGAACAUUUUAUUGGGUGUUCACCAUUGAAAUGCAAUUAAUAUUAAUAUAGCUGAUGGACAAGGCAAUGUUGUAAGUGAUUUUGAUAGUUGUUAUUGGAAACUUA